CUCAUAUUUAACAUCUCAUCGCAGGACCUGUCUACCAAGCAAAGUUACCAAGGCAGUUCACAUACACUCAUUAUCAAUCAACUCCCCAUCGCUAAAGAAAUUAGAAAUAUUUUUAUUUUAUUUCAAAAAUAAUAAUUAAAAAAGGGACAACAUUCUCUCGCAACAAUGGGUUCAACAUCACCAGCGGCGCUCCCCGCGCUCAAGACGGCGCCCAAGAUCAUCUUCUUCACCGACUACGACGGCACCAUCACGCAGCAGGACUCCAACGACUUCCUGACGGACAACCUCGGGUACGGGCUUGAGAAGCGCCUGCAGGGCAACCACGACGUGCUGUACGGCCAGCGCCACUUCCGCGACAGCUUCCAGGAGAUGAUGGACAGCGUCACCACGCCCUUUGACCGCUGCAUCGAGGUGCUGUCCCGCAACAUCACCCUGGACACCGGGUUCCGCGAGUUCUACGACUGGACCCGCGCCAACAACGUGCCCAUCGUCAUCCUCUCGGGCGGCAUGCGGCCCAUCAUCAGGGGCAUGCUGGCCGGCUGGCUCGGCGAAGACGAGGUCGACAACGUCCAGAUCGUCAGCAACGACGUCGCCGCGAGGCCCGGAAAGUCCAUCAACGAGGAGGGUGGCUGGCGCAUCAACUUCCACGACGACAGCCACUUUGGCCAUGACAAGUCGCUCGAGAUCCGGCCAUACGGAAACCUGCCCGCAGAGGAGAGGCCGAUUCUCCUGUACGCCGGCGACGGCGUGUCGGAUCUGUCAGCAGCCAAGGAGACGGACCUGUUGUUCGCCAAGGCAGGACGAGACCUCGUGACCUACUGUGAGAAGGAAAAGGUCCCUUUCACCACUUUCGAGGACUUCUCCGAGAUCUUGGCCACGGUGAAGGCCAUUGCCGCUGGCACGCUCAGCGUCAAGGACGCUGCGACCGGCAGGAAAUGAGAAGGCCGGGCUGGAUUGGACGGCGUGGCCUUCUGGGAGGCGAGCAGGUGAAUCUUGUUGCAUCAUAGAGGCAUAGACUAUUAUAGACUUGGCUUUUGGAAAAAGCUAUUAUAGAAUAACUAAGAAUCUCACUGGAUGAGAUAUGACUAUGGGCACCAUGUUCUAGGAUCAUCACACGCACAUUGUAAACUGGUUAGUUGGUUAGUUAGCCUUACGAUAAUAGAUAUACCGGGGGCUGUACUUGCCGUAGCUAGAGUAGGGCAUCGCGGUGGUGCAGUUGGAAAACAGAAACGCCAUCCAUUUGUCCCGAGAGAAACUACGACUAUUAGGG